AUGAAGAAUGAGAAAGUCAGAUCGAAUGAUAACGUCGACUGGCGAUAUUUGUCGUGGGACGCCGUUGACGAGCCGGAGGCGACGUUGAUGCGAUCGUUUGGCACUGGUAGUCGACACACACUCACAGGACCGGGUCUCACUAAGCCUACAUUAUGGUCGCGGCGGUACAAGUCGUAUUUGGACUUUCUUGGCCUGGUCGCGAAUUUCUCGACGACGUACGCGGGAGGAUCGUACACCAGUGCAGUAGAUCCCAUGGCAAAUUAUUGGCGUGUCAGCAACGUCGCUAUCCUUGUUGGAGUUACAGUGUACACUGUUGCUUUCGGGCUUGCGCCUAUGGUUUUAGCACCUUUUAGUGAGAUCAACGUUACUCAGCUGUACGUUGGUAUGUUGCUGGCAAGAGUGCUUGUGGGAAUAGCUAGCUCAACUUUCGCCGUUGUCAUAGUUGGAAUCGUGGCAGAUAUCCACACUGAGGAACGGGAUCGGUAUCGGGCGUUGUCGUUAUUCACUACUGGAGCGAUGUUUGGGACUGGCUUCGGGCCUUUGGUUUCUGCAUUCAUCGUGCAGAAUACUCAUUGGCGAUGGCUGUUCGGAGUGCUCGGGAUGUUCUGUCUUGUGAUGGUUGCUGUCAUCAUUGUCACAUUCAGGGAAACCAGAGACUCAGUCAUCCUAUCGUGGAAGGCCCAGGCAUUGAAUCGACGUCAAGAAGGACUUGAUAGCGAUAGCGCUGAGCAAGGUACGGCGGUGAAGAGGGAGUCAACUCAGAUCCGGUGGAAGGUCGAAGCAGAUGAAGAAAGGCAAAGCAUCGUACAGGUGAUUGGCAUAUCGGUUCAACGACCGAUGCAUCUCCUUUUGACGGAACCGGUUGUGUUUUGGUUCUCGUGCUGGGGGGCCUUCGCAUGGUCUAUCAUGUACGCAAUGCUCAUUGUUGUGCCAUACACGUUCCAAACAGUUUAUGGCUUCGACUUCCAGACGAGCAGUGCAGUUUUUGCGGCCAUGUGUGUUGCAACGUUGCUGAUGGCGCUAAUCAGCAGACAUCACGACAGACUAGCUGAGUUCUUCGUUGCGCGGGAGAAGCUGGAUAGCCCAGAAGGAAUGUUGUAUCCUGUGGCAGUCGAAGCUGUCCUGUUACCGAUCGGAUUGUUCUGGUACGGAUGGGGGACACAAACGUCAGCUCACUGGAUUGUGCCUACACUUGGAUUGGGGUGUGCCACCAUGGGCAUGUUCUCCGUGUACCUGGCCGUGUUUGCGUACCUGGCAACGGCUUACAAAGAGUACUCCAGCUCGGCCAACGCAGCCCAGUCCAUGUUUCGGAUGCUGCUAGGUGGCGCUUUUCCAUUGUUCGCUCAGGCUAUGGUUCAGCGGUUGGGUUUCGGGGGAGCUUUCUCAUUGCUAGGCGGCAUUGGAGUUGUCUUGACGUUUGUACCGUGGGUUCUUAUCUGGUUCGGUCCCAGGAUUAGGGCCAGAUCCAAGAUUGCAUAUAACGACAAAAGCUAG